UGUCAAAACAGAACGUCAUACAACAAAAUCUACGAAUAAUUCUGGACAAAUUCGAUCGGGACACGUGUACAAAGCUGAAAUUUGCUUAGAAUUACAUCAGGAAUAUUUAUUUAUCACCCGACAAUCCCUAAAACAGCGAGUCAUUGCGGAGUACAUCGCGUAACCUUACUGAGUUGUGUUAUCUAGGUGUAUCACCGGUGUAGAUAAGCCCUAUAUUUAUUUCUUGCACAAUAACCACAAUAAUAUAAUAAUAAUUAGCUUUUAAUUAUAUAAAAUGACGGAAUUUAGAGACUGGUAUUAUGGGAUACCCUUUUACACGCGUUAUUGGCUAACUUUAACUGUUGGACUCAGUAUAUUAGCCAAAUUUAACCUUCUGGACUUCAGGUAUCUAAUUUUGGAUAUUGGCGCCUUCAUCAACAGAUUCCAUCUAUGGCGGCCAGCAACAGCACUGUUCUACUACCCCAUCACCCCAUCUACCGGAUUCCACUUCCUCGUGAACUGCUACUUCCUGUACAGUUACUCGGAGAGGCUGGAGACGGGCAUGUUCGCUGGCAAGCCGGCCGACUACUUCACUAUGCUCAUCUUUAAUUGGCUGCUCUGCAUUUGCAUUGGAAUUCUUAUUGGAUUGAGUUACGUAAUGGACCCGAUGGUGAUCUCGGUCCUCUACGUGUGGUGUCAGCUAAACAAGGACGUGAUCGUGUCUUUCUGGUUCGGGACGCGGUUCCGAGCCAUGUUCCUGCCGUGGGUGCUGCUCGCGUUCAACCUCAUUGUCAAUGGAGGUGGCGUUGAAGAGUUCCUGGGCAUCCUUGUGGGCCAUUUGGCCUUCUUCUUGAUCUUCAAGUACCCGCAGGAAUUUGGAGGACCCGCUUUACUGACGCCACCUGCUAUUUUAAAGAAGUACUUCCCCGAUGUCCGUCGCCCGAACAACUUCGGCCCCGCGGCGCAGGUCAGGGCCCCCGCGCCUGGAGGACACCAGUGGGGCCGCGGACAAGCUCUGGGGGGCCUCUGAAAUCUCUGAAUACAAUAGCGUACCAUUUACUAACUGAUCUUUCGUGAGACAUAUGUUAAGUAUUGACAAUAAUUAACCUCCUGGCGACCCGGAUUCAAAACAUGCUACCAGGGGCGGCUGGUGAACAUUUCUUCUAGGCAACACUGAGCACAAAGAAACCUACCUUAACAUUAGGUACUUUACUAGUAAUCAAUUUUAGGCAAGCCGGUGGGAAUCGGCUCGUAUGGACCAGCCGCUGCUGCAUGCUACUAAACUAGCAUUAACUCUGUCAAAUUGACAAAUAGUCAAAACUAACUGAGGCUUGCUUACUAGUUACUAUACAUUAUUUAGAAAGCGGGUCGUCAUAGUUAUAGGUUAACUCACUUUUUUGCACGGAGUAUAACCGGGGCAAACUCGGGAAGGACGAUGGACGACGCUGGAAGGAAUGAAUCAAACUUGAUUGGAAACAUGUCGCCAUUUGCGAUGUAAUAAGUUAGUUAACCUCGCGAACUACCCGCGUAGACGUUCCCGAGUCACGGGGCCUCUGGUGUAACACACUCGCGAGUGAUUGCCUCGGGCGAGGCAAGUCUACUCAGACCGAGUUGCUCUGCGCGGCAAUUUCCUCACGAGGCAAUUCGAUUUGUGGGGACUCUCCUAUUGAGUUGUACUAAUUGAAGACGAAGUCAACUGAACUUUUUUUAACUCGCUAAAUGGAACUACUCAGAUAGCGCCGUUAACAUUUUAAAUUAGGUUUAAAAUGUGUGAUCAAGUCAGAAGUCGAAUAACAACUAUACAGGGCCGUUCAAGUAUUACGUAAGCACUGUAGAGGGAGGGGUCUUUGCUAUGCUUAAAUAGUUAUUCUUAACAUGGGGAGUAGCGGUGGAUCUAGAAGAUGAUUACGUCAUCCGUAGAGGGGAGCUGGGGGGUGAGGAAAAAUAAUGAUAAAUCUGCUUACGUAAUACUUGAAUGGCCCUUAUAUAGUUUUAAUAUUUUAAUGUUAUAUUUGUGGAUAGUGUUGAGAUUGUUGAAUGAUUUUGGUUGAGAUGGCCUUAUGGAUCUGUUUGGUUAGAUAUGGAGAUGUGUGUAUUUAAUAUUAGUGAGUGUGUUUAGUAAAACGUCCCACUUUGUCAGUUACCAUUAAGGCGAGAUUUACUUGUAUCUUUAUCUUAUCUUAUACUUUUAAACGAGCAAUUCUUGUAUAUUUAUUUAUUUAUUUAUAUAUA